UACUGAUUAGUUGGUAGUGGAGCAAGGAGACUUGUGUUAGAUGCAUCAUGCAUGCGAAUGCUAUAUGCUAGUAUGCUGCCAUCGCUCAUGCUCCUUUCUCGUGACUGCUAAUUAAACCCUCUUUAGUCUUCACCUUCUUCGUCUCUCUUUUUCUAUCUCAAAUCAACGAUCAUGGCAUCCAUUCAUCUUUCUUCCGCCGCUACGGCUCUCUUCCAAUCCGAUUUCUCUCUCUCCAAAUCCCCCACCAAACGCAUUCCACGCCUACCUACAAUCGCCCGGAUAACCAACCACACCGAGGGAACGCAAUUCAACUCCUCCAACGGCUCUCCCACCGUCAACGCAACCUCUCCGGUUGAGGUUCAGUCCGGUAACUAUGGCGCGGGACACGCCUGGGAUAAUUCCGACGCACGUAGGAAAACUAAAAUCGUUUGCACUAUAGGUCCUUCUACGAGCUCACGUGACAUGAUAUGGAACCUGGCCGAAGCGGGAAUGAACGUGGCGCGUUUGAACAUGUCGCAUGGGGACCACGCGUCGCACCUGCAAACCAUUGAUUUGGUGAAAGAAUACAAUGCUCAAUUUCAGGAUAAGGUCAUUUCCAUCAUGCUCGACACCAAGGGUCCUGAAGUUAGAAGUGGGGAUGUACCUCAACCAAUUUUACUUAAAGAAGGACAAGAAUUCUAUUUCACCACUAGGAGAGGGGUCAGCACAGAAGACACGGUUAGCGUGAAUUAUGAUGGUUUUGUGAAUGAUGUGGAGGUUGGAGAUGUGUUGCUGGUCGAUGGAGGAAUGAUGUCUCUUGCUGUUAAGUCAAAGACAAAAGAUAUUGUUAAAUGUGAGGUUGUUGAUGGGGGUGAAUUGAAAUCUAGGCGUCAUUUAAAUGUCCGUGGAAAAAGUGCAACACUUCCUUCCAUAACAGACAAGGACUGGGAAGAUAUCAAGUUUGGGGUGGACAAUCAAGUAGACUUCUAUGCUGUCUCAUUUGUCAAGGAUGCUAGAGUGGUUCAUGAGUUAAAAGAUUACCUCAAAAGUCAUAAUGCCGAUAUACAUGUGAUUGUAAAAAUUGAAAGUGCAGAUUCCAUACCAAAUCUUCAUUCGAUACUUUCAGCUUCAGAUGGGGCCAUGGUUGCUCGUGGGGACCUUGGAGCUGAACUUCCAAUAGAGGAAGUUCCAUUAUUGCAGGAGGACAUCAUUAGAAGAUGUCACAGUAUGCAAAAGCCAGUUAUUGUGGCAACAAAUAUGCUUGAAAGCAUGAUUAAUCAUCCCACACCAACAAGGGCAGAAGUCUCUGACAUUGCAAUUGCGGUAAGACAAGGUGCUGAUGCUAUCAUGCUCUCAGGAGAAACUGCACAUGGAAAAUUUCCAUUGAAAGCCGUUAAAGUUAUGCAUGUGGUGGCCCUUAGGAAUGAAUCCAGUGUUCAAAGUGGUGUUGCUUAUCCAAGUCAAUUGAGUUCCCAUGAAAGCCAUAUGGGAGGAAUGUUUGCUUUCCAUGCGACAACAAUGUCUAACACUCUUAAUACUCCUAUUAUUGUUUUCACAAGAACAGGAUCCAUGGCUAUUCUUUUGAGCCAUUAUAGGCCUUACUCAACUAUCUUUGCAUUCACUAAUGAGGCUAGGAUUAAGCAGAGGUUGGCGCUUUAUCAUGGUGUUAUGCCCAUAUACAUGCAAUUUUCAAAUGAUGCAGAGGAGACUUUCUCUAGAGCCCUCAAACUACUAAUGAGUAAGGGUCAUUUACACGAGGGACAGCAUGUUACUCUUGUUCAAAGUGGAGCACAACCAAUCUGGCGUGAGGAAUCCACUCACCAUAUACAAGUUCGCAAGUUUUUGGUCUAUACAUUUGAAAGGUGACGUUAUCAUUCCAAAUAUGACAAAAGAAUGAAAGAAGAACAAGAUAAUUUCUGCAACGUCCUACUUAAUAAAGCAGAAAGUGACCAAAAAGAUAUAUCUCUUAUGCCGGAUAAUGUAUGUCAUGUCCUACUUUAUUAGUACCUUUCUUUCACCUUAAUCCCAUUUUGAUUAUGCAAAUUUUGAUUCGGUUGACCCUAAGCAUUGCCUGUUAAAUCCUCUGGUUGUUUCGACAAAUCUUCCAAAUAUUGAUUUGCUGCUGAGGGAGCUGUUGGCACCCAUAAAAGCAUUUUGUAAAUUUCUUAGAUCACAUAUUUAUGUUGUCUUUUUUUGCAAGUGAUCUUAUACAGAAAUUAUUCCGUCAAAUAAUUGCCAGCAAUAUUAAGUUAAUGCUUUAUGCUGUUCUUUGCGAGUGAUCUUAUAUAGAAUUCUUUGCCUUUCCACAUUGCUGUAGGAAUGACAUUGGGUACACCACUGCCAAUUCUUAAUUUGUUUGGUUGAUUGGCUCAAUCACCUAAAUCUAAAUAUAUCAGAAAAUCCCGACUACAAAUUUCUCUUUCUG